GGGCGAGGGUGGCGCGAGGGGGUUUGACCGUUGGUGAAGCCGAGCGCGAGGCUCGCGGUGCGCUGCGGUGGUGGGAGUCAUGCCCCUGAGCUGCGCGCGCCGCCUGGCCGCCCGGCUCCUCAGCUCCCGCCGCCCGGUGGGCCGUCCGCUGGGCCUCCGCGCCUACUGUGAGGAGGAGGCCGGGGGCUCCGAUGCCAGAAAAAGAAAAUCUAAGACGCCGAAGAUUUACACAAAAACCGGAGACAAAGGCUUUUCCAGCACAUUCACGGGCGAACGCAGACCGAAAGAUGACCCGGUCUUUGAAGCUUUGGGCACUACGGAUGAAUUAACCUCUGCCAUCGGAUUGGCAAGAGAGUUUGCUCUGGAAAAGGGUCACACAUUUGUGGAGGAACUUGACAAGAUCCAAUGUGUGUUGCAAGAUGUCGCUUCCAACGUGGCAACCCCCAUCUCCUCUGCACGUGACAGCCACCUCAAAAGGACGACAUUCAGUGAAAAGCCAGUGAUGGAGCUGGAGGAGUGGAUUGAUCGAUACACACAGCAACUCCCCCCUCUUACAAACUUCAUCUUACCGUCGGGAGGAAGGAGCAGUGCGGCUUUGCACCUGGCCCGGGCGAUUUGCCGCAGAGCAGAGAGGAGUGUGUGUCCCAUUGUGCAAGCAGGAGAAACGGACCCUAAUACUGCAAAAUAUCUCAACAGGCUGAGCGACUUCCUGUUCACAGUGGCCCGGUACGCUGCUGAAAAGGAGGGCAAUAAAGAACAAGUCUACAGGAGGACGGAGUAGGAUCACUGAUGCUUUCAGUAAAAAGACUGGGAGACCUAGUGAAAUCCAAUACGCAGUGGAUGUAAGUUACACGAAACAUCUUAAAAUACUGAGCUUUUUGUACCUAAAGGACAUCUCUGGUUGAAGGUCAUACACAGCUGAUCACUGCUGCGCUGUGUGAACAAGAUCAAUCAAUGUUGUUUAUUGUAUGGAAUAAUGGGCAUCUUGGAGCUAUCGCAAGUAGGAACAGAAACCAUAGGCCUUAAAACAACCAUGGAACUAACUUUCAAGCUGUCGUCUGCAGUUCUGAAAGGUUCUUAUAUCACCCUGGUUUUAUGCCCCGUGCCUCGCGAGGAUAUCCUUGUGUUUCUGUAUGGAAAGUCUGCAAAAGAAUUAUGUUGCCAAAUCAGCAAAAAUACUUAUUUAAAAAAAACGAAUUUGUAACACAGCACUGUGGAGUCAUUUGGGAAAAUGGGAAUUUUAAAAAUGUUUUAUUAUGUGUAUUGAUUAACUAAAAUAAAGUAGAUGCUGCAAGUGUU